AGUGAUGAGUAAGCGGAGAGGAUGGGUGAAGAAAGUCGCUGCUGCACACAAACAAAAUAGCAGUGAUUUGCUCAAACACAAGGUAGCUUUAUACCAUCUCUGAGGCCAUGUUGGAUUUUUAGCAGGAACUGAAUCAUAGCGUGAGUGUGGAUUGUAGUGGCGGAAGUCCCAGCACGGAGGUUCUUUGUGUGUAAACCCUUCAUACAUUUACUUGUUUACUGAGUCUCUAGUCGGGAACUGCUUCGGGAGAGUCUGAGGACCGGUACGCUCGACAGGACAGACAUAUCCCGGACAGCGUUCAUCCAAACAUCGAGUUAUAUGUCCGGUCAUCACACAUAGACCUGAUCGUAUUGAGGCCCCGAAGUAUCCACUCAGGAUAGACGGACAUUGUGUAAUGAGGAUAGACGGAGACUGUGUACCGAGGAUAGACGGAGACUGUGUACCGAGGAUAGACGGAGACUGUGUACCGAGGAUAGAAGAGACUGUGUACUGAAAUGUUCAAGGUCUGCUAAUUGAACUUAUCAACUUAAAGUUCCUCAUUCAGCAUUUAAAAACCUUUGAAAUUGUAGAUAAGUGAUUUGUGAUUAAUGGAAAAAAAAAAAAGUUAGUGAGAGACUGUGAUAUUAGUUAUGUAAGAGUGGGAAUACUAUUGAUAAGCUGGAUGCAGUGUCAAGGAUAAUCUUUGUUGAUAAAGUAUUGGACACAGGAAACGUACAUCUACAGGGCAAUGACCUCGUACUGGAAAUCCUGAUUUUAAAUCUACUGUGUAUGACUGGAUUGUAAAUCUACAGUGAAUGCCUCUUAUAUUGGACAACAUGAUCUCCAGGGUGAUGGUUUCUUCUACCCGAUUUGUACACCUAGAGGGCAACCACCUCUUGUAUUGGAAACCCCGAUUAUAAAUCACCGUGACCGAUUGUAAAUCUAAGGAAACCAAGAUCUACAGCCAUCAGGAUCUAAGAUCUACAGCCAUCAGGAUCUAAGAUCUAUAGCCACCAGGAUUUAAGAUCUACAGCCACCAGGAUCUAAGAUCUACAGCCACCAGGAUCUAAGAUCUACAGUCAUCAGAUUCUAAGAUCUACAGCCACCAGGAUCUAAGAUCUACAGCCAUCAGGAUCUAAGAUCUACAGCCACCAGAAUCUAAGAUCUACAGCCAUCAGGAUCUAAGAUCUACAGCCAUCAGGAUCUAAGAUCUAUAGCCACCAGGAUUUAAGAUCUACAGCCACCAGGAUCUAAGAUCUACAGCCACCAGGAUCUAAGAUCUACAGCCACCAUGAUCUAAGAUCUACAGCCAUCAGGAUCUAAGAUCUAUAGCCAUCAGGAUCUAAGAUCUACAGCCAUCAGGAUCUAAGAUCUACAGCUAUCAGGAUCUAAGAUCUACAUCCACCUCUUUUAUUGAAUAUCAGGAUUUGUACCUGGCUCAUGUAUUGGAACCUGAGGAUUGUAAUUAAACAGGUUUACAUCCUUGUUUUAAAUGAUCGUUAAAGACUGUGGAGGAUAUAGGUAAAUUGACUUAAAGCUACUUACAGGGCAACUAAAUAGUAACAAGUACGGGAGGAAACGAUCUCAUUUACUGUGUGGAUUAAUUACGUAAGAGUAAAUAAUCUGAUUUUCAAGGAAGAAUUUUGGAUACACAUUUGAUAUGGGAUGUAAAACAAACCCAAGGAAAUAGUUACUAAUACAGCAGAUUUGUAUAUCAGAAAUUAUAUUUGUGUGUUUUUAUCAAAUUGUGUUACUGUCACUGCAGGAAAUUCAUACUGUGUUACUGUCACUUACAGAAAUUCAUAUUGGAGAAAAGUUUAUGUUUGUGACUUGUUAAGGGUGUGUUUCAUAAUGAAUGUAGAACGGAAGGUUAAGUUGCUACUUCCCCGGGAGUAUAUCUCGGGAUUCUGAUGGAGUUUACUGGUGAGAGUGAUGAAGUGCUGUGUAGGCCUUACAUGUGUACAGUCUACAUGUUGUGUGUACAGUUAUCUGUGUUGGUGUAAUUCAACUGCAAUGUAAGGAAUUUAACAUAAACACAGUAUUGUUAAACACAAGGAAGUACAGGGACCAAAAUGAGUAUGAGCGUAACGAAAAUGGUGAUUCUGUCGUCGGAGAGCGUCACCAAGGCAAUGGACGUGACUUCAACUUCUGUGAUUGACAACAAAUCUUCUGACAAAGGACUAGCCACGACAAAGACUCAGUUCUCCCAGUCUGGGUCAGAGUUGUCUACCCCUGAUUCCGUUUCAACCCUACCCUCAUUACAGAGUAGCUAUGAUAGGAUUUCUGGGACACAUCAGAGCGCUACAACGAGAUUUGUAUCCUUGCCUUCGUCUUCCAACAAGCAAACAAGUCUUUCAGAUGCUUUUUUGAAAACAAAUAUUGCAUCCACAUCACAAACAUCAUCUGAUUUACUGAAGAUGGCAGGUCAGGCGUCACCUUCACCAACAAAAUACAUUGCAUUGUCAUCUUCAGCCAAGAUCUCCAAGUCUGCUGGUCUAGUCCCCAGUGCUAUGAGACAGACUCAGGCGGCACCGCCUUCUUCAUCACACAUUGUCACAUCAUCAUUAAAAUCACUGUCAUCACUGUCAUCACUGUCAUCGCCCACAUUCAAGGACCCUUUGAGCUCAGAUGUUUAUAGUGACAAACUGUCUGUAUCAAAUCAAUUGUCCAGUGUUCAGAAGCGAAGUCCUGAGCGGUCUGUUGUGUUGUUGUCCACGUCGUAUUCCCCAGACUCAUCAAAAGGCUUGAACUCUGUGGCGGUGACCACACCAGUUGUACCGACAGGUCCUGCAUCAUCAACUGACCCCGUACUCAGAUCUAGUAAUACACUGGACCAGCUUAGCAGUGGUAAAACUGUCCUCAAACCCCCAAACAAAGGGUCUGAUGCUCAGUCAUCUGCCCCCAUUACCCCCUCCAAGACAAUGGGUGCAGGACUGACCCCCACUACCACUCCCAAAAUGGUACGCCCCCUGCCCCCUAUGACCCCUUUAUCCCCUGUGACCCCAAGCAAGACUGUGAUACAGAGUGCGUCCAAGGCUACUCCUAUGUAUAUACCCAACACGAACCCCAUGUCAACAACUGUACUACCACCACUGGGGCCUACCUCAAGUAUAGCACCCAGCGUGCCACCCACAGCUGCUACAGCGCUGAGCCAGAGUCUGCCGUUUAUUCUGGGCGUGUCAUUGUGCGGGGUCGGACUUGUGCUUUUCUUUAUCACCUUUGCUGUUUUCUGCUGCUUACGGAAGAAACCCUCCAAGGUACAUAACAACAAGGAAGAUAUUCGGACCCAUGACUUGUGGGUAAGCACCACAGCAACCUCUGAUGUAGGCCUAGCGUCGACAGCAGACCCACUUCCAGGGUUUGAGUCCAUCACCGAGACAAUACUGACAGACUACAGGAAAAGUCUCUCCAGUGGUCAGAAAGUCAUUAAACCCAAACGGCGUACCGGGCCGGCCGUGCCUAAGAGAGGAUCCAGUUCAGACGAGGUACAUUACAAGGCAUUGCACUCCUAUGAGGUCACACAGGAAGGCCAGUUACCCUUCAGGAAAGGAGACAUUAUCACCGUCCUAGAGAAGACAAACGAUGGCUGGUGGAAGGGAACACUGGACGGCAAGGAAGGCUGGUUCCCUGGCAGCUUCGUCAAGGGGAUUCAGCAUAAAUCUGUCACUGAGGGGGAUGAUAAAAAGGACGGUGAGGAAGACAAUGAAUCAGGGAGUCAAAAACCGAGAGUCAGUUCCUUUCUGCUCAGUAAAGACCAAAGGCCAAGGUCAAUGCACCUGCCCCGGAGCAAAUCUGACCGCUACAGUCCAAUGAGGCAGCUGACCCCUAAAAGGGACUCCUGGGCAUUGGGUAAAGAAGUGUCAACUCCACGUGUCCCGCAGCUUGAGAAGAAGGGAGACAACUCAGUAGACAGUGGCGCAACCAACAGCCUCCGAGACCCUGUCCUAUAUUCUGCUGCAGGAGUGAGAUACCAGGCCCUUUAUCCUUACACUGCCAACUUCAAGUCAGAGAUCAGUCUACAGGAAGGGGAGAUAAUCUGGGGAAUUGAGAAGGACAAGAAUGGCUGGAUGAAGGGCCAGCGUGAACGUACAGGAGAGACGGGAUGGUUCCCAGCUGUUUAUGUGCAGGAAUUAAGUGGAGCUGCUUCCCCAGUUACAGGUAUUGUGGAGGACACACAGGUGUACACGCAGCUUUUGGCCAACAACAGCAAGGACCAGGAGGUCAUCUGUAUCGAACAUCUCGCAGUGUGUCCAUUUGCAGCGGAGAAUGACCAGGAUCUGUCGUUUGACAUAGGCGACACAAUUUUAGUGUUUGACACGCUUGAGAAUGGAUGGUGGCUUGGUUGUCAUGGAGAUGAUGUGGGCUGGUUUCCUGGAGUUUAUGUACAGAUUGUGACGGAUGGUCAGAGUUAUGUUGAUGAGUAUGGAAACACGACAGAUUCUUCAGGAAGAAUGAAUGUGACAUCACCCUUACCUGCAACCUCCAACAUGAGCACGUCACAGUUGUCUGUGAGAUCCGACGACAAUAUGUCAGUUGCCUCGGAUGUAUCAGGUCGGGAUCGUCCAGGCCGACAAGCCUUGGAUAUCAGUAGCCCUGGGACUCUGUCCACUUUCUCCGCGGCUAAGUCUGACCGUAGUGCUUCCACACUAUCUGUCCAGUCACGGUCAGAUGAUGACAUAUCGAUGUCUUCCGGCACUAUGGACUCCAAAGGCUCUGGAAAGAGGAUAAAACCCAAACGAAAGGCACCAAAGCCUCCUGUUGAUGCUACUGGAGGAAGUAAACUGCCAACCCCAAUCAAACCAACACGGCAGGCACCAGCCCCUACAGGGCAGAACCACUCCACCCCGGAACAACGAGGGAUCAGUGAUGUCCUGGGUGUAGGCAAACAGGAACCUUGUGUCACCAAGGUUGUAAGUGAAUUUCCUAAGGUGGAAAUUAGUAUAACACAGAACAGCCCUGUGGAAAAACCGAAAAAACCAGCUGUUCCGAAAAGAUUUGUGAAACCGAAAUUAGUGAAAGUUCCACGUAGGAAAUUAGACAUGAAAAAAGCGUCGGAUCAAAGGACCAAUCAGGCAACGCGUUCACCCCCGCCUCCUCGUCCCCCGCCCCCUAAAGUGCUACUUCAUUCCCCGUCCAGUGCCGCUAGUACACCAAACAUGACAGCUGAGGAAACCACGUCCCUAGAGAACACAUCCGCCAUGUCUGGGUUCAAACAGCUGGAGGACCAAAGUGGUAGUCUGUACAAAGACAUGAAUAUAACAUCAAUGUCAGCCAAUGAAAGCUUGACCCAUGACUGGACAAAAGAGGACAGUGUUCACCUACUCCCAAAACUACAGAGACAAAACGCCUUGUUAAGUGACGAGAAACCCUUUGGUGAUGACACGGACGUCAUGACCACGAUACCAGUUGGGUUGGGCGACCCGGACGUCGUGACCACGAUACCAGUCGGGUUGGGCGACAUGGAUGUAAUAGAUGGACCGGUGAAUUCUAAACACCAAACUUACAUCGUUGAGGAGGUGAAGCCCAAGGCUUCCAGGAUUCCACAGUUUAAUAGACAGAACAGUGGGCAAGCUACACCAAGUCCAGACCGCGUUGUACCACAAAGUUCUGACCCGAUGUACAGCCAAAUCCCUGACGAACAGUUUAACCCUGAUUCCAUCACAAAUUGUUUGGAUUCAUACAGGCCACAAACAUUGCAGACAUUUAGCCCAGCACCAACUCAAAGUUCUGAUAAAGGAUAUACCAAUAGCCCUGUGGCCAUUCAAAAUCCUGUUGAACGAUAUGACGUAGACCCUACGGCGACUUACAGCCAGAUUCAUGUGGUACCCGGUAAAACCAAUGGCUAUGAUAGUGUCCCUGUUAGUCCUUUAAUCAAGUCUGAUGACAAUUUCUCACAGAGUCCUACAAACAAUAGUAAAGUGGGUGAUUCUAGGGACAGGAGUCCUACAAGCAAUGCCCGUGACAGUAUCGUGUUGGAGGAAUCUCCAAAUGUUGUUUAUUCUCCGAAUGUCAAAAGCAAUCACGUGAAUGAGACUCAUGAUUUCCCUGAUGAAAGUGGUGAUGAUAUGGACAAAAGUUUGGAUGCUGAUGCGCAAACAAAAAUACCAAAAGCUAGACCCCCGGUCGCACCGAAACCAAAAGGAAUACCUCAACCUAAGAUCCACUAUAGACCAGACACAAGUUCUGAGGAGGUCAAUACAAGCCCUGACAGGAAAGUAACACAGGAGUCGCCCUCUGUAAAGAGGAGGGAAAUAGGUCAAAAAUCAAAGUCAUCAUCUUCUCCAUCUAAAGAGGAGAAUAAAGGUAGCCCAGAAAAAAGACAUGUACAAGAAUCCCCAGCAUCCCGAAGGAAAGCUGGAGGUCAAAGGUCAGGUACGAUGAACUCUCCUGCAAGGGAGGGGAGAUCAGGUAUUCCUGUCAGUGACUCUCCUACCAGGGAGGUAAAAUCUGGCAUUCCAGUCAAUAGCUCACCAGGAAAGGAGGUGAAGUCGGGAAUCCCUGUUAACAAUAAAUCACCAAAGAAACCAAGGAACAGAAGUAAUGAGAGGGCCAUACCUGUGCGCCAGAACAUUGGGGGAAACAGUGGAGGCAACAAGUCCAAAACUAACUCACAAAAUGGAAAUACUCAAAACCAGGAUUCACCCAAAAUCAAACCACAGCGUCCCAAUAAACCUCCGGAAACAAACAAGAAAUCAAACGGAAAAGCUGAUUCUAGUCCGAGCAGGUUGCCCAAGUUGUCCUCUUUCCGAUCGCCUAGUCCUCAGGCAAAAGACAAUGAUGAUAAAGUGAUCAGUCCACCGAAAAAACGAUCUAUACCAGUAGCCAAACCUGCCCGACCACCCCCACCUAAUUCCCCUCCAGCCAGCCCAGAAAUAAAAAUCUCCUCAAAGGGAGAUAACCAACCAUCAUCUGGAUCAUCUUUCUCAAGCUUCGGUAAAAUGAAUGGAGUAAAUGAUAAGCAAACGGACUUAAGACCUUUGGAGAAAAAGUCUCUGCGUAAAACAAUCCGACAGUACAAGGGACAAAACCAGGGGGAACUCUCUUUUGAGGAGGGCAGCUUUAUCAUGGAAAUCACGGAGGACGAAGACAAUCCUGGUUGGUUGAUCGGGAUGUUAGCGGACGGUAGUACAGGCCUGUACCACCAAAGUUUUGUGGAGGAAUCACCAGCUGGCAAUCAGCAAACUAUUGUGUAAAACAAAUAUCCGCAGUGAUAAUAAACUUAAAAAUAUCCACAGCGAUAAUAAACUUACAAAUAUUUGCAGUGAUAAUAAACUAACAAAUAUCCACAGCAAUAAUAAACUUACAAAUAUCCACAGUGAUAGUAAACUAACAAAUAUCCACAGUGAUAGUAAACUAACAAAUAUCCACAGUGAUAAUAAACUAACAAAUAUUCACAGUGAUAAUAAACUAACGGUGAUUUCUGCCAAAUAUUCACAGAGGUAAUGUAUAAAGUGAUGUCUGACAGAGCCACAUACAGUCAACAAGGAUAUAUAAAAAGUGACUCAGCGCCGGCCACAACGAUAUAUACCGGAGUAUAUAUAGCAUGAAAGUGAAGUCAGGCAAAUGUCCAGUUAUUAUAUAAAAAGUGACUCAGCGCCCACAACGAUAUAUACCGGAGUAUAUAUAGCAUGAAAGUGAAGUCAGGCAAAUGUCCAGUUAUUAUAUAAAAAGUGACUCAGCGCCCACAACGAUAUAUACCGGAGUAUAUAUAGCAUGAAAGUGAAGUCAGGCAAAUGUCCAGUUAUUAUAUAAAAAGUGACUCAGCGCCCACAACGAUAUAUACCGGAGUAUAUAUAGCAUGAAAGUGAAGUCAGGCAAAUGUCCAGUUAUUAUAUAAAAAGUGACUCAGCGCCCACAACGAUAUAUACCGGAGUAUAUAUAGCAUGAAAGUGAAGUCAGGCAAAUGUCCAGUUAUUAUAUAAAAAGUGACUCAGCGCCCACAACGAUAUAUACCGGAGUAUAUAUAGCAUGAAAGUGAAGUCAGGCAAAUGUCCAGUUAUUAUAUAAAAAGUGACUCAGCGCCCACAACGAUAUAUACCGGAGUAUAUAUAGCAUGAAAGUGAAGUCAGGCAAAUGUCCAGUUAUUAUAUAAAAAGUGACUCAGCGCCCACAACGAUAUAUACCGGAGUAUAUAUAGCAUGAAAGUGAAGUCAGGCAAAUGUCCAGUUAUUAUAUAAAAAGUGACUCAGCGCCCACAACGAUAUAUACCGGAGUAUAUAUAGCAUGAAAGUGAAGUCAGGCAAAUGUCCAGUUAUUAUAUAAAAAGUGACUCAGCGCCCACAACGAUAUAUACCGGAGUAUAUAUAGCAUGAAAGUGAAGUCAGGCAAAUGUCCAGUUAUGAUAUAAAAAGUGACUCAGUGCCCACAACGAUAUAUACCGGAGUAUAUAUAGCAUGAAAGUGA